CGUUUGGACCAGUAUGCAAACGUUCUUUAAAAAUUAAGUAAUAUUAUAAAAAAUUUAAAACAAUGAGUGCUGACGCUGCCUCUUUACCUUGUCCGAUAUGUUCGCAUACUGGAGUGUUCGAUUCUGUGCAAUCACUGAGAGAUAGAUUAAUAUCUGUAUCUACCAAUACUAUAUUGUGCCCAGUUUGUCAAGAAGAAGUAUCUGGUUUAGAUAAACUUACUAUUCAUUUAUUUAGUCAUGUGAAAAUAGUACCUAAAAAUGGAAAUAUAAAAACUGAUGAUUCAAAGGAUUCAAGAAGCAAAUCGAAGUCGGAGAACCAGACUGUGGUUAAGUUGCAGCAAAAAAAAUCAAAACCACCGACGGCUAAAAAUAAAACGACAGCUGCGCCAAAUACGCCAGUUAAAUUUGUAAAGAUAUAUCCAAAGCUACCGGUAAUAUCGUUAAAUACGGUGCCUGUUAUAGAUAUAUCGCGCAAUCAGCCAUUAGAAGAAUGUGUGCAAGCUGGCAAUCCUAUUUAUGUACCGACUGUAAAAACAGAAGUAUCGUUUACACAAACAAACACUACAUGCAACGUCUGCGGACUGCAGUUCGUUGAUGCUAAUAUUUUGAGAAUGCACAGAUGUUUAAUUCAUAAUAUUGAUGAAAACUCUAAUAUAAAUUCAACCCGUUAUCAUUGUCACAUAUGCCCUAAAAACUUUAAGAUGAGGGGUUCUCUAAUGGUUCACUUAAGAGUUGCUCACUUUGGGUUUUCUUCAACGGAAGGUGGCUCCGAAUCAAAUUCAGAUAGGAACUAUGAAGGAAAAAAUGUUAAUCAACCUGCAGACGAUAAGCCAGUCAACCCUGAGAGAAUUGAUAAUAAACAGUGGCAAUGUGAUGUUUGUCGAAAAUGUUUUACGACGAAGUACUUCCUGAAGAAACAUAAACGAUUGCAUACAGGCGAGACUCCGUAUGCGUGUACGCAAUGCAACAAGACGUUUACCUUUCAACAAUCGUAUCAUAAACAUCUCUUGUAUCAUAACGAUGAGAAGCCCCAUACGUGCAGUUAUUGUGGCCGCGCUUUCAAAGAGCUGUCAACCCUGCAUAACCACCAACGCAUUCACACAGGAGAGAAACCUUUCUCUUGUGAAACAUGCGGUAAAUGUUUCCGUCAGCGAGUUUCAUACUUAGUUCACCGGAGAAUUCAUACUGGGGUCAUGCCCUAUAAAUGCACAGCAUGCGAGAAAAGCUUUCGCUAUAAAGUGUCACAGAGGACACACAAAUGUCAGGCUCAACCACCGGGAACAGUUGUACGACAAACAGGAGACCUUGUUGAAAAAUUGAAGAAGAAACAUACUGAUACAAGUGAAUUGCUGGAUGACUGUAACCAAAAUUCAAAUAAUUAUAAAACAGUUGAAGUAAUUUCUUCAGCAUUUCCGGAAGUAUCUGAAGCAAAUGCAGAGUUAGCUCUUAGAGGAGCUAAAUUAUCAUUGGAAGAUAUGGAAUCAGAAAAUUUUUCCUUGAUUGCAGAAGCUUUUAAUGAAAAUAAUCAACAUCCAAGUACCAGUUAUGGAACAGAAAUUAGAAAUGACGUAUCAGCAGUAGCAGAUAAUGAACUAUUUCAAUCAAAUAUUGACGAAUUUAUAGAUACGAUUCCAACUGCAGACAAAAGUGUGCCAUCGCCAUCGGAAAUAUUGAAGAACUUGUGUCUUUCUAAAGAUGAAGACUAUAUUGGAAUUUUACAGAAUGUAGAUGACACAAAAAGUUACAAUAAUAAAGAAUUUGAUGUAUUUUAUAACGGGUUAUAAAAAUAAA